AUGACCGAAUCCCCGCCCUCCGUGGCCCCUUCCAUUGUCUCGGGCCAGGAGUAUUUCCACGAUGAUCGCCUCCCGACCGCCAAAGGCGCAGCAUUCGACUUUUGCGCCAGUGCCCGCGGGUGUCUACCAGGCACACGGGUUGAACUCCUCAAUCGGGUAUCAACAUGGGCCGCUGCUGACGUUGAUGUUAACGCCGACUCCGACGAAGGCGACGAGAAGCCUAAGGCCAUCUUCUGGCUCAAUGGCAUGGCCGGCACCGGCAAGUCGACCAUUGCGCGGACUGUCGCUGCGAGGCUGCUCCGGGGCCAGGCGCCUCCUCAGCGCCUGGCGGCUACCUUCUUCUUCAGCAGGAGUGAGACGGAUAGGCGCAAGGCGGGGCUCUUCUUUGGCACCAUCGCUGGCCAGCUUGCCGACGGAUCACCCGCGUAUCGAGAUGCGCUCUUGAGCGCGCUGAACCAUGACCCUGAGAUUUCGCGGAGAGCGCUGCGUGAGCAGUGGGAGAAGCUGAUUCUGCUGCCUUUGACUGUUGCGCAGGAGACCCAGACGGUUGUAUUGGUGAUUGACGCGCUGGACGAGUGUGAGAGUGAGGAUGACGUCUCUACAAUCAUUCGCAUCUUGGCGGAGGCCAAUGGGCCGGGCCACUGUCCGGUGCAAAUAAAGGCAUUCUUCACUAGUAGGCCAGAAUGGCCCGCAGAACUUGGCUUCAAGCAAAUUCAGGGCCAGUACGAGAAUAUCAUUCUUCAUGCGGUCCCAAACGACGCCAUUAGCAGUGAUUUAUCUGCUUUUUUGACACAUGAGCUUCGCCGUAUCAGAGAGGAGCAUAACGAGACAACAGAGGUAAGACUCUCAAAAGAAUGGCCGGGCGAGGAUAAGAUAAAGGCCCUGGUCUCAAUUGCGUCUCCUCUCUUCAUCUAUGCGGACACAAUCGUUCGUUUCAUUCAAGACCAGGAGAUUAGCAAUCCGAGCGAACAGCUUUCUAAACUGUUGAAGGAAGGAGGACAGGCCAUCACCAAACCCUCGAAAUCUCCCCUGGAUGGGGUCUAUAUGCCUGUGUUAAAUCAACUCUUAGUUGGUGUUGGAAAGGAGGACGUUGGAACUGCCAUUCAAGAGUUUCGAGAGGUUAUCGGUAGUCUUGUUCUCCUAUCCGAACCCCUCACUGCGAAAAGCCUCGCUGCCCUGCUCGGCAAAGAAAAAGCCAAAAUCAACGAGACUCUCUUCCACCUGCGCUCCGUCCUUGAGACACCGGGCCCAUUUGAACCGACCAGGAUACUGCAUCUCUCAUUCCGCGAUUUUCUUGUUGAUCCUGCCAAUAAGGAUGAGAACCCAUUCUGGAUAGACGAAGCAGCUUGCCAUAUAGAGCUCGCUACACAAUGCUUUCAGCUGCUGAUCAUCAAACUGAGGAAGGACAUCUGUGACCAGAGCAACCCUGCCGUCAAACGCACAACCAUCCUGACAGGGAUCAUCAAUGCACAAAUUCCUGACCAGAUUAGAUACGCUUGCUUAUACUGGGUGUACCAUCUUGAGCAGGGCACUGCUGCCGGAGCCUACCUGACGCAGGACCAGAUAGGAUGGGUCAAGAAGUUUCUUGAGAUCCAUUUCCUCCACUGGAUCGAAGUCCUGUGCCUUUUAGGGCUUGGAUAUGAAAGCAUCUCCAUGAUAGAUACCCUUUGCAAAUUAAUGCCUAACGGUGAAGGCUUCUUGGAAUUCCUCCACGAUGUCCGCCGGUUCCUUCUCAAAUUCAUCCCAAUUACCAACCAGUACCCCCUUCAACUUUAUUCCUCUGCGCUCUUCUUUUCUCCCAGGAAUAGCAGAGUCCGAAAAUCAUUCUACCACAAAUCCUCGGGUUGGUUGCCACCCAUCUUUGCGCGAGAAGAAUGGGGGGCGUGCACACAAACGCUCGAAGGCCACACGGGUGUGGUCAGUUCCGUCGCUAUUUCGAAUGGGAACGACCUCAUCGCUACUGCAUCCCAUGAUGGCAACAUCAAACUAUGGGACCGGAUUGGCUUCUGCAAACAGACACUUAGAGGCCAUACUGACAGAGUAUACUCCAUCUCUUUCUCCAGUGACAAUAGCCGGCUGGCGUCUGCGUCCGCAGAUAGGACAGUCCGGGUGUGGGACAAGGAUGGAGUAUGUGCCCAGACACUUACAGAACAUGAAGACGCAGUACACUCGGUCUCAUUCAGUGAUGAUGACAUGUACUUGGCGAGCGCCUCGAGCGACAAAACCAUCAAGAUCUGGGACAGGAAAGGGGAGUGUUCUAAAACGCUCACCGGGCAUCGUGAUGAAGUUGUCUCGGUGGCGUUCGCGCACAGGGAGUUUUGCCUCGCAUCUGCAGAUUCAGAGGGUCAGGUCAGAGUCUGGGAUAAGAUUUGGGACCCAAAAGGGCCAAGUGAGCGAGUGCUCACGGGGCACAAGGACUGGGUCACCUCUGUUGUGUUCUCCCAUAACGAUCGCUUCAUUGCGUCUGCAUCUCUUGACGGCAGCAUCCGGGUGUGGACGCGUACUGGGGCUUGCUACAUUACCAUCGCGGCACGUCCUGGCAGCUCCAUCUCAUUUUCUCCCGAUGACAGUCUUAUUGCAUGCGGCUCCUCUUGGGACGGGUCUGUCAACCUGUGGAAUAUCAACACAGGUCACUGUGACUUGAGCUUUACAGGCCACACAGACCCCGUGACGGACGUGGCCAUCUCUUCGGACAACAACUGGCUAGUCUCAGCGUCCCGGGACAAGUCGCUGAAGGUUUGGGACUUUACCAAUGCCCGAACCUCUGGUGGCAAAACUUCAAAGGUUGAUGAUACAUCGAAUAGCAUUCACCUAUCCAUGUUCUCAAAUGACAAGAAGUGGCUCGCCACAACUUCCCGGCUCGACAGAACCUUAAAGUUAUGGCAUCGAAUUACGGGCGAGUGUGUCCAGGAUUUCCAGCAGACCCCUGACGAACACUGGCUUUCCUCGACGAGGACCAAGGUGAUUGACAAGGUCAAGCUCAAGCAAUGGCGGGGACGAGACUCUUUGUCCCCAAGUCCAUCACUGGCAGUACGAUCCAUGGUUUUUUCCCACGACGACAGGUUCAUCGCCACCGGCCUGGAUGAUGGGUACGUAAGGAUAUGGGAUGUCGGCAAAGGAAAGUGUAUUCGCACACUGAAGUCGGGCGAAGGCUACAUUACGUCACUAGAUUUUUCACACGACGGACAGCGACUGGUUGCGAGUUCUCUUAGCGGUGGAAUGACGAUUUGGAGUUUGGCUACGGGCGAGGUCCUGUCCUCGUUUGAGAAGCGAUCAGACCCAUUCUGCUACAUUGCUUUUUCCCAAGACGACAAGUAUAUUGCCUCGGCCUCCUAUGAUAACUGGAGGACAGUGAAGGUGUGGAAGUGUGAGGAUAGAUCCUGCACCUUUGAAAGUCACAGUGCCAAUGCAGAGAUUGUUGCCUUCUCGGCGGACGGCUCUUGCCUUGCCUCGGCUUCGAAAGAAGGAAGUAUUCAAAUAUGGAACUUAAAAACAAACAAGUGUGCCCACUCAUUUCAAGCUAAGGGAGAGGUUUUCGGCAUCUCAAGUGUAGGUUCCGGCUUCAGCAUUGAUACAGCAGCAGGGACAAUUGUGUUCGGAGCUAGUCAGGAUAUGGCGGAAGGGAAGAAUCUGGAAGUUCCCGGACCCAUUGGGUACGGAAUUACGUCUCAGGGUGACUGGAUCACUUGGUGCGAGGACAAUGUUCUCUGGCUACCCCCAGAGCAUAGACCCCAAGUCUUCCGGGCAGCUGGUCCAACAGUGACCAUUGGAUGCACUUCUGGUCAGUUUCUCAUACUCAACUUUCGGAGAAGCUCCAGGUCCCGUGCUUUUGAUUCGAAAUCGGUGGAUGCUACGCGGCGAAGCCUAAGUACUGGGAGGCUCAGCUUGAGCGCUAGCCGGCGCAGCUCGAGUCAUCGAAGGGACAAGAGCCAAAGUUCAGUACAUCGCGACCGCUUCUGGUAA